UAACUUGCGUUGUGUAUCAAAACAAAAACACGAUAAAUCUGGCACUUUUGUUCAAAGUCCUAGGUUUAAACAGAAACGAUCCUGCUCGUGGAAAAUCCGAGAGGAAAAUCAAGCCCACCAUUAGUAGUGUUCUGGUUCUCGCGGUGUUGAGUUGGUUCUCUCGCUUGCGGCGCGUGAGUGUUAUGUGCGUUGUGGAUUGUGUUAUCAGAAGAGCCUGUGUGGUGUGAUAAGAAAAAAAACCUGUCGGAUCGUUGUGGCUGUAUGAGAGUAGAACGAAGAACAUCAGGUGAAAAAACCAGUGUCGUUUAGUUUAAAGUGUUAUGUGAUUUUGCCAAUAUCUGCGAAAUUUAUACCAGCGAACGGAAGCCCAAUUUUCUGCGUGCAAGUUGUGAAACUAAAGCGGUUAGUGAAAAGGAAGUAAUAAUGAGUGCCAGUAUGCCAUUAUCUCGGUUGUCCACAUUAGUGAUUCAACAGUGCACCUGGAAUUCAACCGUGGUAGCAGUUCCUAAAGUUUUAACCGUGUUGAAUCAUGAUAAAAACCCACAAGGAGCAUUGGGGUUCGGCCCAGCGUCACCGAGCAAGACUGGUAGCGCGACGGUUCAAAGAAGCAGAUGUAGCAGUAGAAACACUUGUAGGAGUAAACUGAUCAGUCUCAGCAGUAUCAACAGUCAUAGGGGCCGUCCGCUCAUAUUCGUGGGAGUGAAUGGCACUCGGUGCUACACCCAGGCUGCCUCCACGCUGACGCGCGAACAGCUCCACGAUUUGGUCUACCGCCUCAACGAAGAUGAAAGGGAAUUGCUGAUGAACACGCUCAAACAGUUCGAAUCGAACAAACAGAAGGCUCAGUUUGAAGGACAGUUGGCGGCUACGGUUUGGCGAAGUAGAUUUGGGCGACCUUCGAAGUUGAAACCGGUACUCGGGGAUGUAGAUCCUACCGGUUCAUACUGUGCGGUACCGGAUGAUUGGCUGGCGAAGAAAUUUGCGGAAACGGUUCCAACUCCACCGCCGAGGGACUUGUUUCAAUUGGGACUGGUGAAUGCUCUACCUUUCAUCGGAUUCGGUUUUUUGGAUAAUUUUACCAUGAUUAUAGCGGGCGACUACAUCGAGCACACGCUUGGCCUAUUUAUGUGCAUCUCCACCAUGGCUGCAGCCGCCCUUGGAAACACAAUUAGUGACGUGAUUGGUAUUGGUUCUGCGUUCUACAUCGAGAAGCUUGCCGAGAUGAGUGGUGUUAAACCGCCCAAACUAUCACCGAUACAGCUCGAGAUGAAAUCCAGUCGGCAGGCGGCAAACAUGGGACGUGUCAUCGGCAUCACCAUCGGUUGUCUAUUGGGGAUGUGUCCACUGCUCUUCAAGAAGGACGAAGACAAGGAAACCAAACUGAACGAGGAAGAUAGCUCUAAUAGUACGAAAAAGACGGAUGAAUCAAAGGACAAAAAAUGAACCGUUAGUUUGACGAGUACUUAGCGAAAAAAGGAAGAAUAAUUUUCGAAUUUAGUCAAUUUUAAGAUAGUUGUAUUUUAGCUUGUUCGUUUAAUCUAUUUACAUUGUGUGUAAUCGAAAGCAAGUUAUAUUAACAACUACCACUUGUUGCGUUUAUGUAGGUACUUAUAUUCCAGUUACUGUUUGCAAUAUCCGAAAUGUACAAACAGUACAUGUUCGAGACUUUUCCUGCGUGAAGUAACGAUUCAGAUUUUAUUAUUGUAGGUAUUUAUUAUUUAGUUUAUGCGUCAUCGUAAAAUAUUUCACCUUUUAGAAGUUGCACAUAGUUUUCACUCAUAUACUUAAUUGGAUUGAAAGGUGCUCUAACUAGCUCUUUGCAUUUCAGUUUAUGGUUUUUUUCAUGUUAGCGACUAUAACUAGGUGUUCCUAUUGAAUUAUAAUGAAUUGUUACCAAGCGUGCCCACUAUCCAAAUUUUAUGGAUAUGACUCAUGUCAUAGUUUUACUUGCCUUCGUUACUCUAAAAUAUUCCAAAGUUUUUCUUUAUAGAGUCUAGUAGAAUUUGUACAAUGCCGACCAUUAAAUUAGAUGAACACCAACAAAUAAAUAGAAACAAGUGAUUAUGAAAUUAGUCAUACUCCCAUUGACCUAAUUAAACUAAAUACAGACAAAACAGUGUUAGGUCAUUAUUAGAAAUUCAUGGGUCCACCGAAUCAAGUAUCUGAAAAAUUUACAAUUGGCGUUAAUAAUCUCCAUUAUUGGAUACUUCGUUAAUCAUGUACAAUAUAAUACAUUAAAACUUCUGAUCGCUAAGAAAUUCGUCAUUGAUUAUUUAGAUUAGUAAAUUAAACUUUUAAGGGAUUUUUGAAAAAAAAAGUUAUUGGAUGCUCCGAUUCUGUGUUUCGUUCGAACCGAAAUAUUUCAAUAAAUCGAGAAACUUGCAUUGUGUAUUUCGAUCGAGUGAAGUUUUUGUGUAGAAAACUCGAACUAGAUCGGAACACGUAAUUUCGAUUCAAUCGAGAUGCAGAAUCAGGGUGAAUGUAGUCAUCGCACCAUAUGUAGAGCAGGAUUAGUUCAACAUCAGUAGAAUAGGUCAACAAGAGAGGUCCUUGUAAUCAUAUAAUUUGUUGUAAUGUCAUUUUCCGUCAUUUGAAUAAGAAUUCCUCAAUGAUCGUGAUUGUUAGACGACAAACGGUAGCCAAAUGCUCGUAAAUGAAUUUAGAAUACCAAAAUAUAAUCAAGCAUUUCCAAUUACUUUCUCCUCAGAGGUAACAGAGCUUUGAUUUCUUACGAGCCCCAGAAUCCACUUAUCUUGGUGAAAGACAAGCGGUCUCACGAAAUCUCCAUUCGUUAUCGUUUUUAAUGAACAUCUAUUUGUACGUGGCUACAAUACAAGAAGAACUAACAUAACCAUAGUCGAAUAUUUAAUCGCCAACCAUUUCUGUGCGUAGAAUUAACAAUGCAGAAUGAAUUCUGAUAGAAAACGUUUCUUCCAUUUUUAUAUCGUCCAGCCUUAAAACCCCUUUCAGACGCUUUCUUAUUGUUGGUAUUAAAAUGUAUAAGCAAAAGAAAUAUAAGAGACACAUUAUUCAGAGAUGAUGAAAAAUAUCUUACGAAAGCCAUUUCUAGUUAGAAUUACUAGUAUAGUUUUCUAUAUUUCUGUGAGUCCUGAAUGCUUCGAGAGUAAGUUCGCAGAACAUAGUUAUCUUAAAAACUGUUUACUUAAUUCAACUGUUAAAAAUUUAUCGUCUUCUACGGAAAAAAAAGAAUAAGUCGAGUGCAUCUAAAUGUAUCAAAGAACGCGGCAUAGUAAUGUAGAUGAUAUGUGUUAUCAGGUUAUGGACUGUAUCGACUGUUCAUAUACGACUCUUCCAUGACGAAAAUGCAUUCACCGUUCAACGGCAAAACAUCAAGUAUACACAGGACUAUCCUGAUUUAAUAUGAUUGAAAUCAAAUCAAACGCAGAAUCAUCAUCUAGUAUUAAAUCAAAACGUGUGUUCAUUUUGCAGAAUUUUAAUUCUACAACUAAGAAAACAGCAAAUUCAAGUCACACCAGUAAUAGCAAUAAAACCUAGACGAAAUGUAAAUAAACAAUAGAUCGUAUAUUUGAUGCCGAAAACAAACAACUAUAAUAAUAAACAGUAGUAAAAACACUGCACAAUACUAAGAAGAGAUUACAUGUAAUAACAACAGCAAAUGAAUAAAUAAAAAGCAAUCGUACUAUACCAAUACAAAAUUCC